AUUAGAGCUGCUCCCUCAAGCUGAUUGGAAGCUACUCGAAGAAACAUCGGUGGGGCAAGGGAGCCCAGCUUUAAGGAGGAAAUAGGAGGGACACAGGGGGGUGAACAGGAAGGGAUAGGAAGGGACUAAUGAAGGGAUCGGUUACGUAGGGAACCCUUGGUGGUUAACACCUGGGACUUGUCCCAGCUCAGACUCUCAUUCCUCAAAGAACCGGUUUCAGUUCCAGCCAUGCUAGCUGCUGCGGGCUCCCUGGUGGCUGCUGUCUGGGCUGCGCUCCAUCUCAGGACUCUGCUGCUGGCUGCUGUCACCUUUCUGUUCCUGGCUGAUUACCUCAAAAACCGGCGCCCCAAGAACUACCCACCGGGUCCGAAGGGUCUGCCCUUCGUGGGCAGCAUUUUCCAGUUGGACUUUGAGAAGCCCCACCUCUCAAUACAGCCGUUUGUGAAGAAAUAUGGGAACAUUUUUAGCCUGAAUCUUGGUGAUAUAAGUUCAGUAAUCAUAACUGGACUCCCCUUAAUCAAAGAAGUCUUUACUCACAUGGAAGAAAACAUUUUGAAACGCCCUGUCACUCGUACCCGAGAACGUAUCUCUAAUAACAAUGGAUUGGUCUUCUCCAGUGGCCAGACAUGGAAGGAGCAAAGAAGGUUCGCCCUGAUGACCCUGAGGAACUUUGGGUUGGGAAAGAAGAGCUUAGAGCAGCGCAUGCAGGAGGAGGCCCAAUACCUUGUGGAGGCCAUAAAAGAGGAGAAAGGACAGCCUUUCAACCCUCACUUCAGUAUCAACAACGCAGUUUCCAAUAUCAUUUGCUCCAUCACCUUCGGGGAGCGCUUUGAGUACCAUGACAGUCAGUUUCAGGAGAUGCUGAGGCUACUGGAUGAGGCUACAUGUUUGGAAGCAUCAAUGAUGUGCCAGCUCUACAAUAUUUUCCCAUGGAUAAUGAAAUAUGUUCCUGGAUCACACCAAACAGUUUUCAGAAACUGGGAAAAACUGAAAUCGUUUGUUUCUUCUAUAAUUGACAAUCACCGGAGAGACUGGAAUCCUGAUGAGCCAAGAGACUUCAUUGAUGCUUUCCUCACGGAAAUGACAAAGUACCCAGAGAAGACUACAAGUUUCAAUGAAGAAAACCUCAUCUGCAGUACUCUGGACCUCUUCUUUGCUGGAACUGAGACAACAUCCACAACCCUGCGCUGGGCUCUGCUCUACAUGGCUCUCUACCCAGAUGUCCAAGAAAAAGUACAGGCUGAGAUUGACAGAGUGAUUGGUCAGAAGAGACAGGCAAGCCUGGCUAACCGAGAGUCCAUGCCCUACACCAAUGCUGUCGUCCAUGAGGUGCAAAGAAUGGGCAACAUCAUCCCUGUGAAUGUUCCCAGGGAAGUGUCAAAGGACACCAGUUUGAAUGGAUUCCACUUUCCAAAGGGCACCAUGCUUCUAACAAACUUGACUGCACUACAUAGUGACCCCAAAGAGUGGGCCACUCCAGAAACCUUCAAUCCAGAGCACUUUUUGGAGAAUGGACAGUUUAAGAAGAGAGAAUCCUUUCUGCCUUUCUCAAUGGGAAAGAGAGCCUGCCUGGGAGAACAACUGGCCAGGUCUGAGCUGUUCAUUUUCUUCACUGCUCUUUUGCAAAACUUUACCUUCAAGCCCCCAGUCAAUGAGAAGCUGAGCCUGAAGUUCAGAAUGGGCCUCACCCUGUCCCCAGUCAGUCACCGUCUCUGUGCUGUCCCCAGACUGUGAUGCUGGAGAAGGAAGGAGAAAAAGAGUACAGGAAGAAAUGGUGGCUGUCCUGAAGCUUGCGGGCCUUGCUCAGAUGUCAGAGAUGUCAGAGAAUGAAGGCGACUCAAGAAAUAGUGAAGGAAUUGAGCUAAAAACAUUGAAUCAAAUUUCUGAACUGUUUACCUCUAAUUUGGUGGUGGGAAAAUCAUUAUGAGGUCAGAAGCAUAUCUUUUUAUCUAAAAAUUGCAGGGGGAAUGAUGAUUCCUCCUAUAAAGAAAAUGCACUGAAAACGAAUUGCUGAAUUAAAGAUGCUAAGUGCAUCAUGA